CCCGUGGCGGCGCGCUCGCCCCCGCGCCACCCGGCGUCACCGGGGGCGGCGAGGCCCUGCUCCCCUCUCGCCGCGGCCGCCCGGGCCUCCUCCUCGUCCGACGCGCCCGACCUCGAGGAGGACGACGACGAGGACGAGGAUGAGGACGACGAGGCGGCGCGGCGGGCGCUGGGCGUGGACGACGAGGACGUGGUGGACAUGGACGAGGACGAGGAGGAGGAGGAGGAGGAGGUGGGCACGUGGGACGGGUGCGAGGACGCCGGGGAGGACACGGCGCUGCUACGCGCCGCCGCCGCCGCCACCGCCAUCGUGGUCACGCCCAUCAGCCCCGCGGCGUCGUCCGAGCGCCUGGGCCCCGUCGCCGGCCCCAGCGGCGCCGACGCGCCCCCGCCGCCCGCGCGCCUCGUCUCCUCCACCGCCGACGGCGCCACCGUCGUCGACAUCCACAAGAUGGACCUCCUCAAGCCCGACGUCAUCCCCAUGGGCGGCGAGGACACUAUGUGAAUAAAUCUCCUGUAGUGUCUGCUGUGUUCCAUCUAUAACACAACUGCAGACCAAAGUUUGUACAAAGCAUUUCUACGCAACUGAAGAAAAAUCAGAGCCCAGUUUGUCUCCAAUAUGGACUUGCAUGGUCAGUUUUUUUCAGUGAAGUGAUCUUUUGGCUUAAAAACACUUUACAGUCCAUUAACAAUGAACACUUUUCACUGAAGCCAGCUAUUCUAUUACAUGCCUGUGUACCUAUUGGAUUUAACUUUGGCAGAUAGGAAGAAACUCUAUUUUUAUUCCAUUUAUAUUCCAUCAUAAUAUUUGAAAAUCACUUAAAGUAUUUUUUCUAAGGGAUAGUUAAAUUUCAAAUGGCCACUGGUAGAUCCUACUGUUUCUACUCUCUUUGUAUGUUGACAUAAAUUUUCACUAUAAAAACUUCAAAGUAUUGUCACCAUUACAUUUCCAUUUUAAGCUUUGUAUUUAGUUUCUUUUGGUGUCAUUCACCUCUUAUGUCACCACUUACAAGCAGCUGGUAUGAGAGCUGGAUUUUUUUUUUUUUGUUUGUUGUUUUUUUCAAUCCCUGAUACCUCUAAAACAAAAUGGUUUACUUAGAGAACUCGACUAAUGAUUGGAAAGCUGACUUGGGAGAGGAUGUGAAAUGUACAGCCUCACCUAAAAUAUUUUUAAAGGAAUUGAUGCCAAACUCAGCAAUUUGAGAUGAGAAUUGUAUCUUCCUUGUUUCCCUUCUAUUUGCUCAUUAUUUGUGUUCACGGUGAAAUUAAAUUUCAUUAGUGUAUUAUUUUCCCAUAUACGCAAACAAUUCCUUUUCAAAGGACUAUCAGAAGUUUAUACAUGUGAUAUGAUUGCUGAUUUAGUAUGUUGUAGUGAGGUGUGAUUAUAAAGCAAAGUGGUUGUGCUUUUAAUGGACCAGCAGAAUAUUAAAAUUCAUGAUAAAUUUUAAUGUAGACCGAAAAGACAUUGUAUUACUUCUGAAUACAAAAGUUUUACAAAUACCUAUUCCAAUAUCCUGUUAAAUAUUUGCACCUCUUUCUUAAAAUAUUGAAGUAUUUACAUAUAAUUACAUACUCAUUUUUAUGUAACUUCCUAUGUUAUUAACAUAAUUCUUUGAAGGAACUGUGUGAUGGAGUGUCAUGUUAAUGCAUUUAGUGUUGUUCUAUAUUUCACAUUAAACUAUGAAUGAUCUUUGUAAUAAUGUAUACAAUUUUUCAUUCAUGUAUCCAAGUAUUGCAACUGAAUGUAGUAUAUGUACUUCAACUAUACCAAACUUAUUGCAAAUGAAUUCUCUCACAGUAAUAAGCCCUAUAUUUUUUGCUUCAUGUAUGUG